CUACUACUGGCUUAAGCUGGUGCCCGCCUUCAUCCCUAGGCGAGAGGCACAGAGUUCUGUUCCGCCCGGGCGCUGCCUCUUUAAAGAAGCGCGUGGUGGAAGAAGGCGCUUGCCCAGCUCCCCUCUGCGCUUCGGAGGGCGGGUUUGAGCACGCGCAAUGCGCCGUCCUCCCGCCCUGCGCCGCGGCCGUCUCGCGCUCCUCCCUUUUGCGCGCGCUGCCCCGCCGCCGCCCCAUUGGCCGGGUCCUGUCAGCUGAUCCUGUGUUAUUUCCUGUGUGUGUGUGUGUGAAGGGAGAAUGGAGAGAGAAACCUCGGAACCACCACCGCGGAGCCGCCCCCGGCUCGAAGCGGAUCCCCGCCGCCCCACGCGCCGCUGAGAAGCGCCGCCCGCUCCGCGCUCCCCCCCCUUAGGGGGGGCGGGAGAGGACAGCGACGCUGAGGUAACGGCUUCGGCGGGUUGCUGAGCUGUCAGUCUGCAGCUGAACAGCAUGCAGUCCUUUCGAGAGCAAAGCAGUUACCACGGAAACCAGCAGAACUACCCACAGGAAGUGCAUGGUGCAUCCCGUCUAGAAGAAUUUAGCACCCGCCAGCAGGCUCAGAUGUUCCAGAGCUUUGGAGGAGGUGGCAGCAGCAGUGGGCGCCGUGGAGCAGCAGGCAGUUCUGCCUCAAUGGCUGGUGAGAGCUCUGGACAUCAGAGCUAUCAAAGUUUCAGAAAGGAAGCAGGAGAAUUCUACUAUAUGGCCUCAAGUAAGGAUCCUGUGGCAGCCGGAGGGCAGCAACUUCCUCAGCGCAGGCCUUCUGGGCCAGUACAGAGCUAUGGACCACCCCAAGGGAGCAGCUUUGGGAGUCAGUAUGGGAGUGAAGGUCAUGUGAGCCAAUUUCAAACGCAGCACUCAUCCCUUAGUGGUGUGACCCAUUAUCAACAGGAUUAUACUGGUCCUUUCUCCCCUGGAAGUGCUCAGUACCAGCAGCAAAGUUCAAGCCAGCAGCAGCAACAGGUUCAGCAGAUGAGACAACAGCUCUACCAGUCUCAUCAGCCUUUGCCACAAGCCUCCAGCCAGUCUGCCUCCAGCACAUCUCAUAUGCAGCCAAUGCAGCGUCCUUCAACUCUGCCCUCCUCUGCUUCUGGCUAUCAGUUGCGAGUAGGUCAGUAUAGCCAACACUAUCAGCCUCCUGCUUCUUCCUCUUCUUCUUUUCCUUCUCCUCAGCGUUUUAGCCAAUCUGGGCAGAACUAUGAUGGCAGUUACAGUGUGAAUGCUGGUUCACAGUAUGAAGGACAUGCCGUUGGGUCAAGUUCGCAAACUUAUGGAACUCAGUCAAACUACACCUUUCAGGCACAGCCAAUGAAGAACUUUGAACAGUCAAAGUUACCCCAAGGCAGUCAGCAGGCACAGGGACAGUCACAGCAGCAGCCGCAGCCGCAGCCGCAGCAGCAGCCACCUCCCUCACAGCAUGUAAUGCAGUACUCAAAUACUGCCACCAAACUAUCUCUUCAGAGUCAAGUAGGUCAGUACAACCAGGCUGAGGUUCCUGUGAGAUCACCCAUGCAGUUCCACCAGAAUUUUAGUCCUAUAUCUAAUCCCUCACCAGCUGCCUCUGUGGUUCAGUCCCCAAGUUGCAGCUCCACACCAUCUCCUCUCAUGGCAGGUGGUGAGAACCUUCAAUGUGGACAAAGCAACAUGCCUGUAGCCUCUAGAAACCGCAUUUUACAAAUGAUGCCUCAGCUUAGUCCAACACCAUCCAUGAUGCCAAGUCCCAAUGCUCAGGGUGGAGGAUUCAAGGGAUUUGGGCUUGAAGGACUGCAGGAAAAGAGGCUUACGGAUCCAGGACUAAGCAGCCUAAGUGCUUUAAGUAGUCAAGUGGCUAAUCUUCCCAAUACAGUCCAGCACAUGCUACUUUCAGAUGCUUUGGCACCCCAAAAGAAAAACUCCAAAAGAUCUUCACUAUCUAAAAAGGCUGAUAGCUGCACAAACUCAGAAGGCUCUUCCCAAGCAGAGGAACAGCUCAAGUCUCCUCUGGCAGAAUCAAUUGAUGGUGGCUGCUCCAGUAGUUCGGAGGACCAAGGCGAGAGGGUGAGACAACUGAGCGGUCAGAGUACCAGUUCUGAUACCACCUACAAGGGGGGUAAUUUAGAGAGAUCCCACCCAUCACCAACACAGGCAUCUCAAAAUGAGCCUCCAAAGCUCAGCACCAGCCCUGCAGACGAGGAAGAAGUGGCCUCUCCUCCUGAUGAAAAGGAGGCCUUAGUUGCUGUGGAAACACCCCCAAAGGUCAAUGAAAAGGCAGUUGGUGUGAUAGUUUCCCGAGAAGCUAUGACAGGCAGAGUGGAAAAGUCAGGUGGGCAGGAUAAGCAGCAACAAGAUGAUGUUUCCACAGGUGCUCAAGCACCACCUUCUGCCAGUGUGAUGAAAGACACUGGGCUUCUGGGACCACAGCAAGAGCCACAAGGAGGGAGUAAGGGGAGCAAAAGUGGGGACAGCAGCACUAACCACAAUGGAGAUGGGAACGGACAGCUUGUUCAUGCUGUUGUUGGCUCCAGUUUUCCAGGCAGAACUGAGCCUUCAAAAUCCCCUGGUAGUUUGAGGUAUAGCUACAAAGACAAUAUUGGGGUUAGUAUGCAGAGAAAUGCUGGCAACUUCCCUCAGUAUCCUUCAGGUCAUGAUAAAGGGGAUUUUCCAGGGCAUAGUGAGCGAAAGGGCAGGAAUGAGAAAUUUCCUAGUCUGUUGCAAGAAGUUUUGCAAGGCUAUCACCAUCACCCUGACAGAAGAUAUUCUAGAAAUGCACAAGAUCAUCAUGGGAUGACUGGAACUCUUGAGGGUACCAUGAGACCCAAUGUCCUGAUCAAUCAAGCCAAUGAAUUAAGUAAUAGAGGUCUUUUAAACAAAAGCAUAGGCUCUCUCUUGGAAAAUCCACACUGGAGCCACUGGGAUAGAAAAUCUAGUGGCACAACUUCUGAGAUGAAACAGAUAAAUCUAGCUGACUAUCCCAUGCCUCGAAAGUUUGAGGUAGAGCCGCAAUCUUCUGCUCAUGAAGGUGGAGGACUCUCUGAGAGGAGAUCAGUUAUUUGUGAUAUAUCACCCUUGAGGCAGAUUGCUAGAGAACCUGGGCCUCACUCUGUGGGACACAUGGGUCCUGAUGGCAGGAGUGGAAGGAGUGACCGUCUAACUCCUGGUCAGUCAGUCAUCCUUCCUGGUGGUCUGGUGACCAUGGAAGCAAAGCUAAAGUCUCACAGUGGGCAAAUCAAGGAAGAAGAUUUUGAACAGUCUAAGACCUCUGCCAACAUCAACAAUAAAAAAUCUGGAGAUCAUUGUCAUCUUGCAAGUUUUAAGCAUGAGUCUUACCGAGGCAAUGCUAGCCCAGGAGCUGCAGCUCUUGAUUCUGCAGCAGAGUACCUUUUACAACAAGAUAGCCGAUCACAGCUCAGGCGAGGACCCAGCAGAAUGGGAAGCAGCCGAGAGGGAAUGAGAGGUAAAUCUCCCUCUCAGUUUCAUGAUCUGGCAGACAAAUUAAAGAUGUCACCAGGCAGAAGCAGAGGUCCAGGCACAGAUCUUCACCACAUGAAUCCACACAUGGUGCUUUCUGACAGGGUGAACCGGGGUUCCUUACACUCUCCUUUCCCUCCAAAUUCUGAAAGCUCAUCGUUAGCUUCAGUUUAUCACACUAAUGCUCGAUCUCAUGCUUUUGGUGAUCCUAAUCAGGGGCUGAAUUCCCAGUACCACUACAAAAGGCAGCUGUACCAACAACAACAGGAAGAAUACAAAGAUUGGAGUAGCAGCUCAGCCCAGGGAGUGAUUGCAGCUGCUCAACAUAGGCAGGAGACAGCAAGAAAGAGCCCGAGGCAACAGCAGUUCUUGGACAGAGUAAGGAGUCCUUUGAAAAAUGACAAGGAUGGAAUGAUGUAUCUCCAUUCUGGUUCUUACCAUGAUGCUGUCAGCCAAGACGCAAGCCGUUGCUUGUUAGGAAGCGAUGGGUCUCUUCAAAAUAAGUGUGCUGAAAUUAAACAUUUGAAUCAAAAGAUUCAGCAACAAGAAUCUGGUUGGGAUCUUUCCCGACAGGUGACUACUGGGAAAAACAGUGGCUCACUAGGAGCAACUAGUCAGAAGAGAUUUACAUCUCAAGAUAGUGAUACACACAAGCGUGAAGAUGCUGGAGAUGUACUUAAAUCUGGCAGUGCAAUGGUAAGGAUUCCUGGCCAAGAAGAGCAGUCUUCUCAAAAUCCUUUAAUCAUGAGAAGGAGAGUCCGCUCUUUUAUCUCUCCUAUUCCCAGCAAGAGGCAGUUGCAGGAAAUGAAGAAUAGUGGCACUGAAGACAAAGGACGCCUGCUCACUUCAUCAAAGGAUGGAGCUGAUAAAACACUCAACUCCUAUGCCCAUUCUUCCCAAAGCCAAGAUGUGAGUAAGUCACUCUCAAAAGGAGAAUCUCCUAGGAAUCUUCCAAGUCCUGACAAUAGAAAUUGCUCUGCUGUUUCCCUCACAAGCCCAGCUAAAACAAAAAUUCUGCCUCCACGGAAGGGCCGUGGGUUAAAAUUGGAAGCUAUUGUUCAAAAAAUCACAUCCCCUAAUGUUCGGAGGAGUGCUUCUUCAAAUUGUGCUGAAGCUGGCCCAGAUGCAGUCACCCUUGAUGACAUUCUGUCACUGAAGAGUGGCCCACCAGAGGGUGGGAAUGUGUCCAAUCAUGGAAUGGAAGCAGAAAAUAUAAAAGAAGAAAUUGUGCUGGAUCAAGAGAGCCAAGAAUUGACUAGUGAAAUUUCUCUGACAAUAUCUUCUGAAGAAUGGCAUGCGGAAAGAGAUGAGGUGGUAAAAAAAGAGACACCUGAUCUUGCAAAUGUUGUCAAGGAGGCCCCAGUGCCUACUGUGAUCCCAGCACCUUCACAAAAAUCUGUUUGUCAGGGAAGAACAGAUGGCUCACUAACUGGGGCAGGAUCUAUAAACUUUUCCGAAUUAAAAACAGUCUCUCCAUCCAAAGUCUUGACUCCUGAACCAAAUCUAAAGUCUGAAGAGAAGGGUGGAGAUGCAGUCAUUGUGACAACCAAGCCGGACCCUUUUCCUCCAAAGGGUUAUUUUCCUUCUGGUAAGAAGAAGGGGCGGCCUAUUGGUAGUGUAAACAAACAGAAGAAGCAGCAGCAACAGCCACAGCCACAGCCACCGCCGCCACCUCAACAACAGUUGCUGCUUCCACCACUUCCACCAGUACCAGAAGCACUGCAGCCAUCGGAGGAUGCAGGAGGUGGAGAACCUAAACCUAAGAGACAGCGAAGGGAGAGGAGGAAACCUACAGCACAGCCACGGAAGCGGAAGCCAAGACGAGCUGCUCCAAUUGUGGAGCCCCAGGAACCAGAGAUCAAACUGAAAUAUGCCACACAGUCUCUUGAUAAAACUGAUAACAAGAACAAGUCUUUUUUCCCCUAUAUUCAUGUAGUGAACAAGUGUGAGAUAGGCGCUGUAUGCACAAUUAUUAAUGCAGAGGAAGAGGAGCAGAAUAAGCUGGUGAGGGGCCGAAAAGGGCAGAGGUCAUCAACACCACCUCCCAGCAAUGUUGAGAGCAAAGUGCUGCCUAUUUCCUCUUUCAUGCUACAGGGCCCUGUAGUAACAGAGUCCUCUGUCAUGGGGCACCUGGUUUGUUGCCUGUGUGGCAAGUGGGCCAGCUAUCGCAACAUGGGUGAUCUCUUUGGACCUUUCUAUCCCCAGGAUUAUGCAGCCACAUUGCCCAAAAAUCCCCCUCCCAAGAGGGCCACAGAAAUGCAGAAUAAGGUCAAAGUACGGCAUAAAAGUGCAUCUAAUGGUUCCAAGACAGAUACGGAGGAGGAGGAAGAGCAGCAGCAGCAACAAAAGGAGCAGAGAAGCCUCACUGCCCACCCUCGCUUUAAGAGACGGCAUCGCUCAGAGGACUGUGCUGGGGCCUCACGGUCCCUUUCAAGAGGUGCUGCUUGUAAAAAGGCAACCACUGAGGGUAGCAAUGUUGGUGAAAAAGCUCCUUUGGACUCUAAACCCCCCAUGUCCACUUCGGAAGGUGGUCCUGAGUUGGAGUUACAAAUUCCUGAACUACCUCUUGACAGCAAUGAAUUUUGGGUCCAUGAGGGCUGUAUUCUCUGGGCCAAUGGGAUUUACCUGGUCUGUGGCAGGCUUUAUGGGCUGCAAGAAGCUGUGGAAAUAGCUAAAGAGAUGAAAUGUUCUCAUUGCCAGGAGCCAGGAGCCACCCUAGGCUGCUACAACAAAGGCUGCUCUUUCCGAUAUCAUUAUCCGUGUGCCAUUGAUGCAGAUUGUUUACUAAACGAAGAGAAUUUCUCAGUGAGGUGCCCCAAGCACAAGCUAAGUAAGAAAUAUGGGAAUAUUUAUAGCCUGCAGAACUUCUGGACAAAUGUGGUGGUACUGAAUGGUUUCAAGGCCGUGAAAGAAGCUUUAGUCAAUAAAUCAGAAGAUUUUGCUGAUCGCCCCUUCUUUCCUGUCUACAGACAGCUAGGAUACGGAGAAGUCAAUCAAGGACUGGUGAUGGCACAGUACAGCCAAGCCUGGAAGGAUCAGAGGAGAUUUACCCUCUCCAUACUGAGAGACUUUGGAAUGGGAAAGAAAUCUCUGGAGCAGCUGGUGACUGAGGAAGCUGGAUAUUUGUGCUCAGUGUUUAGCUCUAAGGAAGGUCAAUCAUUUGAUCCUCACUAUCUCAUAAACAAUGCAAUUAGCAAUGUGAUCUGCUUCCUCACUUUUGGCAAUCGUUUUGACUACGAGGAUCAGAAAUUCCAGAAUUUACUUCAUUUCCUUGAACAGUCCAUGAAGGAAGAAGCUGGACUUUUGCCACAGGUUCUUAAUUCACUGCCUUUUUUGAUGCACAUCCCUGGAAUGACGCAGAAAGCCUUUCCUCAUCAAAAGAAAUUAAUGGACUAUUUAGGUGAGCUUGUGAAUGAACACAAAGAAACUUGGUAUCCCUCUUCCAAGCGAGACAUCACGGAGGCAUUUUUGGAAGAAAUUGAGAAGAGAAAGGGCGAAAACAGUAGUUUCAAUUACCAAAACCUCCCUCUGAUGAUUGGUGACCUGUUUUCUGCUGGCACGGAGACCACCACCACUACCUUGCGCUGGGGCCUGCUCUACAUGAUCCUCUAUCCUGACAUCCAGAGUAAAGUCCAAGAAGAGAUUGAUGCAGUGAUAGGUAGGAACAGACCUGCCACAAUAGAGGACCAGGCAAAUAUGCCUUACACUCGUGCUGUGAUCCAUGAAACUCAACGUUUUGGGGAUAUUGUUCCUGCUGGCAUACCCCAUAAAGCAUACCGUGAUACAGGGGUGGAAGGCUUCUUCAUCCCAAAGGGUACCACAAUCCUGACCAACCUGUCAUCCGUGCUGAAAGAUGAAGCCAUGUGGGAGAAGCCGCAUCAGUUUUGGCCAGAGCACUUUCUGGAUGCCAAUGGACAGUUUGUCAAGCGAGAAGCUUUCAUGCCUUUCUCAGCAGGUCGUCGUAUCUGUCUUGGAGAACAACUGGCUAGAAUGGAGCUUUUCCUCUUUUUCACCAGCCUCCUACAGCAUUUCACCUUCCAUAUUGCAGAAGAUCACCCAAGACCAAGAGAAGAUGGGUGUUUCGCUUUUACACUCGUCCCACAUCCUUAUCAUAUCAAGAUUGUUUCAAGAUGAGUGCAGGCACCUGCACAAACAUACUUCUACAUUUUGAGUUUGUCACUCACAGUGCAAAUUACCUUAAAGAUAUAGAACUGCUGAAUCCAUAAAGUAAUAGAUCACAGUAGCUUAUUUACUGAUUCUUCAUUUAGCAAGAAUCACAUUUAUGGGUU